AUGGCGUGCAGCAGAAUGAUGCACCCGGGUGUGAAACUGGUUUCCCUGCUGGUGUUAUUGCUGCUGCAGCAGCAGUCCCGGGCCCAGAUCAUCAACCGAACGCCACACUUUAUCCCGGGCAGCGGUGACAUGGCCCGGUUCAGUCUGCUCGAAAACACACCGGUCGGCAGUGUGGUCUACCAGUUGCGCGGUGUUGACCCCGAGGGCAGUAAGUUACGCUUCAGUAUCUCCGGACCCGUAUUUAGCGUCGAUCGCGAUAGUGGCGUUGUACGGUUGCGUCAAUCGCUGGACCGCGAACAGCAGGACACGGUGGAAGUCAUCAUCAGCCUUACGGAUGAGGGCAUACUAGGAACCGAACCGAACACGGUAUCUUUGCGGCGCGAAAUUCCGAUCCGCGACUUCAAUGACAAUCCACCGGUAUUCAUAGGCCGCCCGUACAGUGCAACGGUCAGCGAAUCUACGAAACCGGGCAGCAACGUCACGGUAACGCCGGAUAUCAUUGCCACCGACCAGGACGAAGGGAUGAACGCGGAACUUACCUUCAGUUGCUAUCAGGACCCGGCAAAGGGUGCGGACGAUAUCUGCGAGGUAUUCACCGUGCACACGGAGAAGAUCGCCCAGGGCAAGUUCGGUGCGUGGAUCGAACUGCGCCGACCGCUAGACUUUGAAACGAGACCCUCGUACAUUCUCACCAUCCAGGCACGGGAUGGCUCGCCCACAAACUCACUUCGCGCCGUAGCCUCCGUUGCCAUCACAAUCCUGGACGUGCAGGAUCAGCCACCGAUCUUCAUCAACGCGCCCUAUUCGGCCACCAUUCCGGAGAAUACGAUCGAGGGUACGCGUGUGCUCACCAUCAACGCAACCGACGGUGACACCGGAAGUCCGAAUCCGCUAAUGCUCAUGCUCGAAAAUGAACCGAUGGGUCACUUCCGCCUUCACUACAUUGGCCAUCCCCGGUCGGGAGUGGCCGAGCUGAUCACCACCGGUAAGCCUCUCGAUCGUGAGGAUCCAAUCAUCACACAGAAUGGCGGUGCGUACACAUUCUCUAUACGGGCAACGGAGCUGAUCAACAACGAGCUGCCCGGUGACUCGACGACUUCACAGAUCACGAUCGUGCUGACCGACGUGGACGAUCACGUGCCGGAGUUCAAUCAACCGUCGUACGAAGUAUCGAUUCCCGAGAACCUUGAGCAGGAUACGCCACUGCCAGGGCUGGCGAUCGUUGUGACAGAUCGGGAUCUUGGCCCCAAUAGUCGGUACACCCUCGCGCUACGCAACAUCCACAACUCCGAAGGCGUCUUCGGUGUUGUCCCGACGCAUGGUGAAGGUCGCACACCGAUCGUGGUGAAGGUGUUGGAUUCGUCUCGGCUAGACUAUGACGUACCGAGCGAAGAUGCGAAAACGUUCCGCUUCCAGCUAGUAGCGUCGGUCGACGGUGAGGAGAAAUCGACUGCCAAUGUGACGGUGAGAUUGCAGGAUGCCAAUGACAAUUCGCCCACCUUCCCGCAGUCCACGUACUCGCUGCAGGUGCGCGAAAAUUCCCCGCAGGGUUUCAAGAUUGCGGACCUAAGUGCGACCGAUCACGAUGCCGGCAUGUUCGGGCAGCUGUCGUACGCGGUAAAAGGCUUUGGAGCGGAGUUUUUCCGCACGCAUCCCACAGAAGGCGGGCUGUACGUUGAGCGUCAGUUAGACUAUGAGGAGCAGAAGAGCUACAGCCUGGCGCUGGUGGCCCGAGAUGGUGGUGGUCGUGAAACGAAUGCGAAUGUGUUCAUCGACGUGAUGGACGAAAACGAUAACCAUCCGUCGUUUGAGGCGCUCGAGUACACCCGCACCAUUCGGGAGGGAGCGACCGAAUUUGAGCCACAGUUCUUCGUCCGUGCUAUCGAUGUGGACGGGCCAACGCAAGGCGGUGGGCGGGUGUCGUAUACGAUUGAAUCGGAGAACAGCAUCUCGGGACAUGUAUUUACGGUGGAUCAAGACAGUGGGGAGAUUAAGAUCACAAGACCCGUCAGCUCGAUGGAUACAGACCGUGGCCAGUACGAGUUGCUGGUGGUCGCAACCGAUCACGGAGUUCCACCGCUCAAGAACGACACUCGCGUACUGGUGCGUGUUGGACUAUCGGGCAACCAGCGCCCCAUCUUCCGGGGACAUGUCACUGCCACGAACCGUGACAUUCCUGGGCCACCGUCCUACCGAGCAACCAUCCCCGAGAACGCCCCGGCAGGGUAUAACGUAACGCAGGUCACUGCUACCGAUCCGGAUGGAUUGGAUGAGCUGUUGCGAUACAAGAUUGUGGGUGCCAGCGAUAAUUUCGUGAUUGAUGAUCACACUGGUCUCAUAACCGUCACACGGGAGGCCCGACUAGAUCGGGACACUAACCCAGAAAGCUACGCGAUCGUCGUGAAUGCAAUCGAUGCCGGAUUUCCCAUCCCCGAGACGGCCACCACAACGGUGCAUGUGAAGAUACAGGACAUUAACGAUAAACCACCCAGAUUCCCUCAGCAAACCUACACCGCCUAUGUGUCCGAGCGGAGCCCCAUCGAUUCGGAAGUGCUGCGCGUCUCUGCCAAGGAUACGGACGUGAACUCCAGAAUUGAGUACACGCUGGUGGAACCGAUCACGGCCGUCACCAAGGGAGGCAUUCCACUGCUGACGACCUCGACCUACGACUACCGCCAAGCAUUCCGCAUCGAUCGUGACGAUGGUACGAUCUUCGUCAACAACACGCUCAACUACAACUAUGCCGCAGUCAUAACGCUCACCGCGCGGGCCACCGAUACGAUGGCGGAAGUACACCCGGAACGGCAGUUCGAUCAAACGGAGGUAACGCUUUACAUCCAGUCGUUUAAAGACACCAAUCCACUGUUCAAAAACAAGGGUUGGUCCACGGUGCGUCCGAAGAUUGAGGUAAAGGUGAAGGAGGAAUCACCCGUCGGCAGUGUCGUGUUCCGCAUUGAGGCGGACGAUCCGGUAACGGAUGUACCGAUCACAGACUUUGAGCUUGUGAUGCCUGACGUUGACGGGUUGUUUGGUCUAAACGAGCGCACGGGCGAAAUUAUGCUUCUGCAGCGAUUAGACUACGAAACGUACAACAAAACUACUAUCGAUUUCGUCGUCAAAGCCAUCACCAGCAACCGGAAGCGUCACUCGCUCGCUUACGUGAACGUUACGGUCGAAAACGUUAACGACAAUGCGCCGGUUUUCGAACGUGCGUCUUAUCACGUUACAGUCCUCGAAUCUGACCGUCAUCCGCACGUGGUGGCAACGGUGAAGGCUACCGAUCAGGACGUGGUGCGUACGGAAAAGGACACCUUGCUGGGAUACAACGUGAUCACGUACAGCUUGUUCGGCUCCCACUCGAACCUCUUCGCUAUCAAUAAUCGGACCGGGGAGAUACGGAUAGCGCCAGGUCAGGUGUUGGAUCGCGAGAAACAGUCGGUGCUGAAGCUGGUUGUCGUAGCGGAAGAUGCACCAGGUCGCCCGCAGGAUGCGAAGAAAGCAACCGUCGAGGUAAUGGUGGACGUGCUGGAUGUGAACGAUAAUGCGCCCAUCUUCGGGCAGCGUUCGUACACGGCAGUAAUACCCGAGAACGUUCUGGUGGAUACGUUUGUGAUCGCUAUUACCGCACACGAUCCGGACGAGGGUCUCGGUGGCGAGGUACGGUACGACAUCCUAAACGAGGGUGAAGCCAACGGACUGCUGCAAAUAAAUCCUAAAACUGGAGAAAUUAAAACAAAGGCAAUGCUCACCGGUAAGGGACGAGCUGAACCAUACGAACUGGUGAUCCGUGCGCAGGACAGUGGCAAUCAACUGCCGAAGCAGAGUUCACUCUACAACGAUGUGUCGUUCACGCUGUACAUCGGAGACAUUAGUGCGAACGAUGGAAUUCCCUUCUUCAUUGCACCGCAGGUCGGUCAAACAGCUAACGUUACUGAGAAUGCUACGGUUGGCGCUCCAGUCUUCCAGGUGAUCGCCAGCGAUCCAGACAGCCCAGCGACACCGAGCGGCACGCUGCGCUAUCGCAUUCAAUCCGAUAUUGAGGACGCGAAGUCUUUCAGUAUCAAUGCGAAAACGGGAUUGAUAACUACAACCCGCUCGCUUGAUCGUGAAAUAAAAUCAGCCUACAAUGUAAUUAUCGAGGUGAGCGAUAUGGGUGAACCUCCACAGGCAUCGACCGUGGUGCUACGCAUCAACGUGCUCGACAUUGACGACCACGAGCCUAGGUUCGUGCGCGAAAUCGAAUCACAACCGUACGAGCUGCAGAUACUGGAAGAACAACCGGCCGGCACGAUCGUCGGUAAUGUCUCGGCACUGGAUGAAGAUAUUGGUGCAAACGGUGCGAUAGACUACACCAUCUUCGAGGGUAACGAGUUGGGUCUGUUCAAUGUCACACGCACGGCCGAUAAUGCAGCGAUCAUACGCACUACCCGACCGCUCGAUCGCGAAACACUGGAAUCGGUACGGCUGACGGUUCGAUGCUUCAAACACAAUACCGCCCCGAGUACGCUCAUGCACGAUACCUACAACCGGCACGAUAAGUCCCAACUGCAGCUGUUAGUACACAUCACAGACAUCGACGAUCACGCACCACGGUUCGAGCGUGAAAAUCAAACCAUCGGCAUCCGGCAUAACGUGCCGAUCGAUACACCGAUAGCGAACGGACGUGCCUUUGACGACGAUCCAACCGCCCGCCCGAUUGUGUACUCGAUCCAAAGCAUCCACUUUGUGCCGCAGUUCUAUCGGCGAGACAACCGAACGGAAGACUACACCGGUGUCUUCAGCCUGAACAAGGACACCGCCGAGAUACGGACAACGCGCAGUAUGUCCAACUUCGUCGACGGUUACUUCCAGCUGAGUGUCCGUGCGGCCAACUCGGACGAUGCGGAUCGUAUCAGUGAAACGCAGAUGAAGAUCUUCGUCAUACGCGACAAGUCACUGUUACGCUUCGUGUUCUCCCGGCCUCCGACAGAGGUGAGCGGUGUGUUGGAUCGCUUUACGGCCGACAUGCAGGAACGGCUGCUGGAUGCCAAUCUCGAGCUGUCCGUGUUCGACGCACAGGUACUGAGCCAUCCGGACCACAGUCUCGACUUCAGUUCGACCAGUUCCUGCUUCCAGCUGACGCGCCACGGGUCGGCACUAACACCCGUGGAGAUGAUGCGCAUCAUGGAUGGUGCCGAGAUGAAGGAAACUCUGGCCGACGUUUAUCACCGAUAUUCGGUGCACAAGAUCGACUCUUGUGCGGUGGGUAAGAAACCGCCGGCCUCCGCACUGAUCGCGUCCACCGGCACCUGGCUAGUGAUACUGGCGGGACUGAUAGGGUUUGCCGCCUUUGCCUCUACCAUGACGGCGUGCUGUCUCGCGAAAAGGUACAAAAGUCAGGUUCGAUCAACGAUCAACUCGCAGCGAAUAGUUGGAUCCGACAUUUAUGGUAGCGCAACACCGGUACUGUACACGGAACCUAUCUACGGCGCACUGUAG